AUUCCCUACUCCGUAAACACCGCAGAGCUCGAUAUGGUAACCCUAUAUGACUUGGUGAUCGUCAAUGCAGUCGUGGUCACUGCCAGUGACAUAAGUACAUGCUGUAUUGGCGUCAAAGAUGGAAAGAUACGCGCUCUUGUUGAUUCGUUCAGCAAUGAAGAGUUAGCGGGGGCAGAGUUGAUAGAUGCCGAAGGCGCCUACGUGAUGCCCGGGGGCAUCGAUGCUCAUGUACACCUGUGUCAGGACUUAAAGACUGGACCACAUGGCCUCGGGGGGGAAUGUGCCGAUAAUUUUGAAACAGGAUCUCGGAGUGCUGUAGCUGGCGGAACCACCACAAUUAUUACAUUUGCAACGCAGACUCGGGCAGAAGAAGACCGUAGCCUCAUCAAAGUUGUCGAGGCAUACAACUCGCGCGCCGAGGAUACGGGCAGCUACGUGGACUAUGGAUUCCAUAUCAUCAUCGUUCGAAACGAUUCUGACGUUCUCGAAAAUGAACUUCCAAUCUUAAUCAAGGACUGGGGAAUCAGUAGCUGCAAGCUGUUUCUGACGUAUGAAACGCAGAAGCUUACUGACUCACAGCUACUCGAUGUUAUGUUUGCAGCCAGGAAGAAUGCAAUCACCACUAUGAUACACGCCGAAAAUGGAGACAUGAUUGAAUGGCUAACAGGAAAGCUUGAGGGCAAGGGAAUGGUUGCACCCUACUACCACGCUUUGUCACGUCCGCCACUUGUUGAGGGAGAAGCCACAAACAGAGCGAUUGCUUUGGCGCAGCUAAUCCAAAAUCCCAUUUUAUUUGUUCACGUCGGAUCAGCACUUGGAGCGUCCAAUGUUCGGCGAGCACAGACGAUGGGUUUGCCGGUUUAUGCUGAAACAUGCCCCCAAUACUUUCAUUUAACGUGGAACGAUCUUAAGCGCUUUCAUUCGCCGACAUGCUUUGAGAAUAGCAAGAUGAUUUGCUCGCCUCCUCCUCCCCCCAGCACUUCCGAUCAUGAGGAUCUUUUUGUGGGUCUCUCAAAUGGCACAUUCACCAUCUACUCAUCAGAUCAUUGUCCGUUCCGCUACGACCACCCCCAUGGGAAGCCAUCUGGUGUGCUAGAACAUCCUGAAAGUAUGGAGGGCGAGGUACCCUGUGAAGGUGAAGAUCUACGAAACUUACUAGAUCGGAAGGGGGGCGCAUUUCGCUUCAUUCCAAAUGGUAUCCCUGGAGUCGAGACAAGAUUGCCCUUGUUAUAUACUGGAGCACUUACAACACGCCGGAUCACGCCACAGAGAUUUGUUGAGUUGACAUCUACUAAUCCUGCUAAAUUGUACGGACUUUAUCCGAGGAAGGGAGCUCUUAUGCCUGGAUCUGACGCAGACAUUGUUAUUUGGCACCCUCAAAAGACCUUCUUACCAUUUCGCCUGAAAAACUCCAUGCUGCACCACAAUGUCGAUUACACCCCAUACGAAGGCUUUGAGUUCGUCAACUGGCCUCGAUAUACGAUUCUUCGCGGGAAGGUCAUGUGGGCAAAUGGUAAGAUAUUGGGCAGAGUACGCGACGGACAGUAUGUGAAGCGUGGUCCCAGUCAAUUAAGCCAGACCUCACCUCGAGCUGAUCCAGAUCCCCGCCGCGUAGCGACCUGGCUGUAUGAAUAG